AAGUUCUCCGUAAACGCAUCUUCUCUCUCCAGUCCCCCAUCCCCCAAAAAACGCACUGCCUACUCCAACCCACCACAACACAACAGCAGGACCCACCCAGCAAGCACCACUCACCCCACAGGCCUUCCUUUCUUCCCAAUCUCUCACAUUCUCACUGCACCAUUCAUCGGAUCUAACUCAGACCAAAACAAACUCUUUCUCACCGCAUUCCUCACUCUUCCACGGACAUAGAUCCGUUUAACGAUCCGACCCAUUCCCAUCUCCUUCUUCGGGUUGGUUGAUCCAAAUGGGAAUGCCCCGUAAGCCAUGACCCAAGAAGCCGUGGACCACGACCACGAAGAAGACGACACCGAGUCUUGCUUUUUCCAGGACUCCAACGACCGUUUACUCUCCUCUUCUUCCUGCUCCACCUCCACCUCCGACGACGACACUCCCACUCCCCAAAACGACACCCUCACUCACCACAACGACACUAACGCCACCAAAAACAUUGCCUCCCUCAAUGCCCUCCCACAAUUUCCUUUUCCAACUAUGUGCAAGUACGACGCCUGGAUCUCCGAACCCUCCUCCCUCUCCGAACGCCGCUCCCGCCUCCUCCGCCAGUUCGGCCUCCCCGCACCGCCGCCAUCCUCCGCCGCAAUCCCCCGAUCAGCCUCCUCUCACCAUUGCACCGACACUUUCUCCACCACCGCCGCCGCCACGAUUCCCCGAUCGAAAUCCGACAACACCGCGGAUCGCGGCACCAAGCAUUGCAAGUCCUCGGUUGUUCCAAUCCACGACAAUGACGACGGUUUUCUAGUAAAUAAUAAUAAUAAUAAUAAUAAUAAUAAUAAUAAUAAUAAUAAUAAUAAUAAUAAUAAUAAUAAUAAUAGUAAUAAUCGUGGUCGUGGUGGUUCUGUUUGUGUGAGUAAUAAUAGGAUUUGUGUGAGUGUGUAUGAGGAUGAUGAUGGUGGUGGCGGAAUUGGGGAGGGUAAUGUCAAUGUCAGUAAUGUGGUUGAUGAAACUGUGCAAGCGUGUACGAUUAGGGAUUUGGAUAAUGGGAAGGAGUUUGUGGUGAAGGAGGAUGGGGUGUGGAAUGAGGUGAAGGAGGUGGGCACUGGGAGGCGUCUGACAGUGGAGGAGUUCGAGAUGACGGUGGGGCAUUCACCGAUUGUUCAGGAGCUCAUGAGGAGGCAGAAUGUGGAGGAAGGUGGUAAUGGGGAGGGUGUGGAUGGUGAUGGUGGUGGUGGUGGUGUUGGUGGUGGUGGUGGUGAUGAGGGGGAUGGUGGCAAGGUGAAGAGGAAAGGGGGCUGGUUUAAGUUUAUGAGUUUGAAGAGUGUUGUGGUGGGUCCGAAAGAGAGGCGGAGUGGGGAUGAGAGGGAUACGUCGUCGUCAGAGAAGGCGGGUGGCCGGAGGUCGAGUUCAGCCACAGAUGAUAGCCAGGAUGGUGGUGGUUUGGUUCAUGGGGGUGAGAGAGUGAGGGUUAGGCAGUAUGGGAAGUCAUUUAAGGAGGUUACAGGGCUUUAUAGUAGCCCGAAGAUUCAGGCUCAUGAGGGAUCCAUUUGGUGCAUUAAGUUUAGUUUGGAUGGGAUGUAUCUUGCUAGUGCGGGUGAGGAUUGCAUGAUCCAUGUUUGGCAGGUUUUUGAGUCAGAGAGGAAGGGUGAGCUGUUGGUGGAGAAACCGGAAGAUGGGAAUUUGAACAUCAUGUUUCUUGUGAAUGGGUCGCCAGAGCCUUCAUCUCCUGGCAUGGACAAUAAUUCGGAGAAGAAGAGAAGGGGGAGGUUGUCAGUUAGCAGAAAAUCGUUGAGCUUGGACCAGUUAGUGGUGCCGGAAACUGUGUUUGCACUCACUGAAAAACCUGUUUGCUCCUUUAAGGGCCAUCUCCAUGAUGUGCUUGACCUUUCUUGGUCCAAGUCUCAGCGCUUGCUCUCAUCUUCGAUGGACAAAACAGUGCGACUGUGGCAUUUGUCUAGCAAGUCUUGUCUGAAAAUUUUUUCCCACAGUGACUAUGUAACUUGCAUCCAGUUUAAUCCUGUUGAUGAUAGAUACUUCAUUAGUGGAUCUUUGGAUGCUAAGGUUCGUAUAUGGAGCAUUCCUGAUCGACAAGUUGUAGAUUGGACUGAUUUACAUGAGAUGGUCACUGCUGCUUGUUAUACGCCUGAUGGUCAGGGUGUGCUAAUUGGUACAUACAAGGGUCGCUGCCAUUUAUAUUAUUCAUCUGAAAAUAAGUUGCAGCAGAAAAGUCAGAUAAAUUUGCAGAACAGGAAAAAGAGAUCGAACCACAAGAAAAUUACUGGCUUCCAGUUUGUUCCUGGAAGUUCAUCAGAAGUACUUAUCACUUCUUCUGAUUCUCGAAUUCGACUUGUUGAUGGUGUUGAUUUGGUUCAUAAGUUUAAAGGGUUUCGGAAUGCAAAUAGCCAAAUUUCUGCCUGCCUCACAGCAAAUGGUAAAUAUGUUGUCUCAGCAAGUGAGGAUUCUCAUGUAUACAUCUGGAAAAAUGAAGCUGAUUGCAGACCUAACAGGAGUAAAGGUGUGGCUGUGACAAGCACAUAUGAACAUUUUCACUGUAAAGAUGUGUCAGUGGCCAUUCCUUGGCCAGGUAUGGAUGAUACAUGGGAGAUGCAUGAUCCAUAUUUUGCAGAAGAACCUGAGCUUGAUGAUGAUGGGGAUGAGGUCUUUUCGGCCAAUCAUCCUCCUACUCCUGUAGAGGAAAAUCUAUGUUCUGAGGGUUCCCAAUUUGCUUCAGGUUGCAAUAGCAGUCCACUUCAUGGAACCAUUGCAAGUGCUACAGAUAGUUAUUUUCUUGAUAGAAUUUCUGCGACAUGGCCUGAGGAAAAACUUCUAACUACAAGGGACCGAAGCCCUCAGGUAAGUGUGGAUUUAUCUAAAGGGGUGAAUCAAAACAUGUCAGCCUGGGGUAUGGUGAUUGUAACUGCCGGCCUUCAAGGGGAAAUUAAGAUUUUCCAAAAUUUUGGAUUGCCACUUGGUAUAUAAGAGGUGAUGAAAAUUUGUGCCAAUGAGCAUGGGAUAAUGAGUUGAAGACAUGAACUCAGAAGAAAAGUAAAGGGGUGGGGUUAGGGCUGUGUGUUGUUGACUAGCACAUUCUCCAUUAAGUUGGUGAGAGGACUUGUACAGAGGUGUUGGGUGAGAUACAGUAUAAAGGGAGUUCCAUUUGUUUGUUGUUCUUUUGCUUAUCUGAUGAGAUAUGUUGCCAUUUCAAUCAAGCAUUUAGGGGACAAAAGAGAAAAAGAAAAAAAAUGGGGAAAAAGAAGUGAACAAAAGAGAAAAGAAAAAGAAGGUACACCUGGAAUUUGGAAACCAGUGGAUUUAUUGUAAUGGGAAAAUGUAGAGAUUAACGGGCAUGGGAAAAGCUUGUUGAAUUACAAAUGAUUAUUCUUUUACAUUUGUUAAUAGUAGUCUUGUUAUGUAAUUCAAUUUCUUGUUCAGUGGAAUUAAUUUCAAUAAAACAGCAUGGCAAAGUGCUUCAGCGACUAGGGCAUGUUCAUUCUAGAAAAUUAUCCGUUGAACAUUUCAGAGGGUUUUUGUAUAACAGAAGAAAACUCGAAACUUGUCUAAAA